AUGGAUAGCACUUCCGAUCCACUUGGAAUAAUGGAGAAUCAAAGUGUUAAAAAACUUAUCGAGAGUUUUAUUCAAAGCCUUUCUUCAGAAUCAACAGUUCUUUCGGUUGGCUGUCUGGCAUCACUGCCUGUGCUCCUCCGACUUUCUUCUGCCGGUCAUCAAAUCUAUGGCAUUGACAGAUGCCAUAAAACAAUCGGCCUCGUGAAGAGCCAAAUUCCCGGACACUUCGACCCAGUCAGCGAGAUAGAAUACAUGCCGCAGCAGACUUUCGAUAGUAUCCUAGUCAUCUUAUCUAUCGACCAGCUGAGUCGGGCACAGAUAUGCUCCCUGGUUUUCAAGAUGGGCGAUUGGUUAAAGCCUGGUGGCUCAAUUCUGUUGGUUACAUCCCCAGCCGAGCACUUAGCCGUUGGCAUAUCUCAUAACCAGACGGAGUAUUAUGUUCGCCAAUAUCCUCUGCACCGGAAGGGCGAUGUUGUUCAAUCCACCCUGCUUUCCUCUGGGGCUUGGAUUUCCGUUUUCGCUAAAGCCGGAUUGGUUUUCGAUAAUCAAGCAGAUUUCCAGCUUCCGGGCGGAGAGAGCCGUCAUUCAGACCCGCAUUGCCUUAUGUGCUUCCAUAAAUCCGAGAAGCAUUCAGUUUUAGGGCCGUAUCCUCUUCCCGAUAAGUAUCGAGGCCCUAUUCCACUUAGCGAGGCAGCCUGGAAACCGUUUGUGGAGCGGUUGGUUCGCGAUGAGUUUGGCUUCGUUCUACAGGUGCUAGAAAAUAACCAACGAGUAUUAGACGUUGGAAGUGGAUAUGGAAGACUGCCAAUCGAAGUUGCUGCUCGAACCGGAAAAGCCUACUCGAUCGAGCCCAACGCCGACCGCAACAGCAUCCAAGCGGCUAAUGCUCGCGACCGCGGCGUAGAGAUCGCCCAAGGGUCUGCCGAGAACAUACCUUAUCCAGAUGGUCACUUCGACGCCGUAGUAGCCAUGUGGGUUAUGCACUACGUUGAGGACUUGGAGAGGUCACUCCGCGAAAUAGUACGAGUCACGGACCGCUCUGCACCAUUUUCCCGCAUCGUGAUCGUUCAAGGGGCACCGGAUAAUGAAAUCAUCGAUUUGAUGAACACCGUCUGCGCGCCUGUUAGUGCGUCGAACCCUCUCCCCAACCACCAGGGAUACCUGCUGCACAAGGCAGUCGAGGUGUUCGCUGAGUGUGGCUUCGGAGACAUUACCUUCCAUCGAGUUGAUGCGUACUGCGAGUUCAAAGAGCAGGAGCUAUCGGAGCGAUGCGAGAAAGCGGCGGAAGUGAUUGCGGGACUAUGGUGUCUUGAGGAUAGCAACUUUGAUGGAAUGAAGGAGGCUCUGAUUCCUCGACUGAAGUUCCAUUUCCUGGAUCGUCCUCAUGCUAUUGGAGAUCAGGUGGCUCUUUUGGUGGCCAGACCGAGUGAGGAAAAUUAA